UCCCUAGCGGCGGAGAUGGCGGCGACAGUGGCGGAGGCUGCGGCCUCGGGCUCAGAAGAGCCCCAGGGAGAGGCUGAAGCCCCCGGUCCCGCCUGGGAUGAAUCCCAACUCCGCAGUUAUAGCUUCCCGACCCGGCCUAUCCCGCGUCUGAGUCAGAGCGACCCCCGGGCGGAGGAGCUCAUCGAGAAUGAGGAACCUGUGGUGCUGACCGACACAAAUCUUGUAUAUCCUGCCCUGAAGUGGGACCUUGAAUACCUGCAAGAGAAUAUUGGCAACGGAGACUUCUCUGUGUACAGUGCUAGCACCCACAAGUUCUUGUACUAUGAUGAGAAGAAGAUGGCUAAUUUCCAGAACUUUAAGCCGAGAUCCAACAGGGAGGAAAUGAAAUUUCAUGAGUUUGUUGAGAAACUGCAGGAUAUACAGCAGCGAGGAGGGGAAGAAAGGUUGUAUCUGCAGCAAACACUCAACGACACUGUGGGCAGAAAGAUCGUCAUGGACUUCUUGGGUUUUAACUGGAACUGGAUUAAUAAGCAGCAGGGAAAGCGUGGCUGGGGGCAGCUGACCUCUAACCUCCUGCUCAUCGGCAUGGAAGGAAAUGUGACACCUGCUCACUAUGAUGAGCAGCAGAACUUCUUUGCUCAGAUAAAAGGCUACAAGCGAUGCAUCUUGUUCCCUCCGGAUCAAUUUGAGUGCCUCUACCCAUACCCUGUCCAUCACCCAUGUGACAGACAGAGCCAGGUGGACUUUGACAAUCCUGACUACGAGAGGUUCCCCAAUUUCCAAAACGUGGUUGGUUACGAAACGGUGGUUGGCCCUGGUGAUGUCCUUUAUAUCCCAAUGUACUGGUGGCAUCACAUAGAGUCAUUACUAAAUGGGGGGAUUACCAUCACUGUGAACUUCUGGUAUAAGGGGGCUCCCACCCCUAAGAGAAUUGAAUAUCCUCUCAAAGCUCACCAGAAAGUGGCCAUAAUGAGAAACAUUGAGAAGAUGCUUGGAGAGGCCUUGGGGAAUCCACAAGAGGUGGGGCCCUUGUUGAACACAAUGAUCAAGGGCCGAUACAACUAGCCUGCCAGGGGUCAAGGCCUACUGCCAGGUGACUGCUAUCCCGUCCACACCGCUUCAUUGAUGAGGACAGGAGACUCCAAGCGCUAGUAUUGCACGCUGCACUUAAUGGACUGGACUCUUGCCAUGGCCCUGGAGGCAGGUGUUUGGGGCGAGACAGGGCAGUUGACGCUCCACUCCCAUUUGGAGGGACUUCUUACCCUUGCCUCUUGUGCCCCAGCACCUUCCCUCUCUGCCCCUCUAAGGUCCUGCAUUCAGUGUGUGGAGUCCCAGCUUCUGGUUGUCAUGUCUGUGUGUGUUAGUCUGUCAACCUCAGGAUGUGCGUGUGUGUGUGUGUGCCUGCACACACAUGUAUGUAUGUUUCUCGUUCCCUCCUUCUGGGUUCGGAUGUCACUUCUGGCUCUCAGCCCUAUCUCCUACAACCUCAGUGCCUCAGCCUGAGAGAGAGGAGAUGCUCUUGGACCUCCCACUGCAUCUGGGCUGCAGGGCCAAAGCUAAUCUGACCAUUAGGUCUGUCUGUCUCCUAGUUUUUGCAUAGUCAAGCUCUCGGCUGGGUGGCAGUGGCUACUGGGACUCCAAUGGGGAGAAUGAGAGGGAGGCUUGCCUUUGAGAACCUAGAUAGCCUUCCUGUGAGAGAGGAUUAAAUAGGGUUUCAGCUGGGACCUACAAGCUCAAGCCAUACAUAGAAAGGACUUUGGGACAUAAGAACCAAGGAUUGUACAUAAAUCCCAAACUGGAGACACACAUAGCUUCUCUCUUUUAGCACCAGCUCUUGCCCCUUUACUAGAUAUCAAGGGAGUUCUCCUAGCUGUCAGUUCUGUAGGUUCUAGGGGUGCAAGCCUGUGUGUGUGUGUGUGUGUGUGUGUGAACGUGUGUGUGUGUGUGUGUGUGUGUGUGUGUGUGUGUGUGUGUGUGUGUGUGUGUGUGAACUAGUGUGUGUGUGUGUGUUCACACUAGCCAGCCUCCCUGCUUACAGAGGUUCUCCACUGCUUACCUUGUCCAGUGGGACAGUACAGUGCAAGCCCCCAGGAAGUGCUGCCUGACCUAGCCUAAAGCUUUUGAACUUGGGUUUUAGCCAUCAUAUAUUGGUCAGGUCUCACUGCAACUUGCCUGUGGCUGACUGGCUAGAGCCUCCAGGUCCUAUGACCCUCUCUGCCCAGGCUACAUCCUCUACUCCUGCUGAGCUUCCUGGCUGAGUAGAUGAAAUGGGGUCAAGCUUAGGCAGCUAACGUCACUACCUGUCAUCCACCUCAGGGCAAGGGCAAAAUUGUAGCCUUGCCUCUUAAAGCCAGCGCCUCUGCCAGAUCCCACUGUAAUGUUCCACAACAUCCUCAGUAGUCAGGGCAACUGGUAGAACAUGGAAGUAGGAUUUCCUUUUCUGUUAGUAGUUACUCAGUGGAACCCUCUCAGGGCUGCAGUUUACAGCUGGGCAGCUGUGCAUUGCACAGCUCCAAGGGCCAUCAUUCACAUCCAGUCAGUGAGAGUGGGGCCCCUGGAGCUGGGCGGUGUGGUGGCCGUGUGUGUACUCACCUCCACUCCCAACUCUAUCCCCUUCUCUCUGGAAGGAAAGAGGAGUUGGGAAGUGUCUGGUUUUGUCAUGUUUUUCCUUUUUUUCUUUUUCCCAAAGGUUUACUUCCAGUGUCUGAGCUGUGGCUCUCACCCCAUAAGCUCAGUUUACAGUGCACUGAUAGACUGAGAGGAUGUGUGUGUAUGUGUGUGCACACCUGUGUGUAUAUUUUGGGGAGGGGUGUUUAUUUUUAGUACCCCAUUCUGGGGUUCUCUGAUGCAUUGUGGGUGUGACGACAAGGUACCCUAUCAAGUGUAGCUCUUUCAAAUAUAGUCAAUGCUGGGAAAUGUGA